GAACACUGGGAGAGACCUUGUGGGGUACUGGGAACACUGGGGGCAGUUUGGGGGGGGUCUGGAGGUAGUUUGGGGGUUCUACCCCACCAUGCCAUCCCUGUGCCCCCUCCCCACUUUGGGGUGUCCCCCCCAGGCUGAGGGCUGCCCCCCGGGCCCUGCUGUGCUGCCGCCCCCUGGGACCCCCCCUGAGACCCCCCCGAGCCCCCCAGAGCUCCAGGACUGCGGGCAGCCCCCCCGCCAUGUCGGUGCCCCCCCGGGCCGUGGUGGCCGUGGCUCAGGUGACAUCGACCCCGGACAAGGAGCACAACUGGCUGCAGUGCUCGGCGCUGGUGCGAGAGGCGGCGGGAAGGGGGGCCCGGCUCGUGUUCCUGCCCGAGGGCUUCGACUUCAUCGGCACCGGCCCCGAGCAGAGCCUGAGCCUGGCAGAGCCCCUGCACGGCCCCACCCUGGGCAGGUACCAGCACCUGGCCAGGGAAUGUGAUGUGUGGCUCUCCCUCGGGGGCUUCCAUGAGCGCGGCCACGACUGGGACACGACCGGCCGGAUCUACAACUGCCACAUCCUGCUGGACAACUCCGGUGCCAUGGUGGCCACAUACAGGAAGACCCACCUGUUUGACGUGGAGCUCCCUGGCAGCGUCUCCCUGCGGGAAAGCAGCUUCACCAACCCCGGCCCCGCCAUUGUGCCCCCUGUGGACACCCCCGUGGGGAAGCUGGGCCUGGCCGUGUGUUACGACCUGCGGUUCCCGGAGCUUUCGCUGGCCCUGCGUGAGGCUGGGGCCCAAAUCCUGGCCUAUCCCUCGGCCUUCACCGUGCCCACCGGGGCUGCCCACUGGGAGGUCCUGCUCCGUGCCCGGGCCAUCGAGUGCCAGUCGUACGUGGUGGCCGCGGCGCAGACUGGGCGGCACCACGAGGGCCGGGUGUCCUUCGGCCAUGCGCUGGUGGCCGACCCGUGGGGCACCGUGGUGGCCCAAUGCCAUGAGGGGCCCGGGCUCUGUUUCGCCGACAUCGACCUGGAAUUCCUGGAGCGCGUCCGCAGGGACAUCCCGGUGCAGGGGCACCGCCGCAGGGACCUGUACGGCUGCCUGGGGGCCCCGGCAUCCUAAAGGCUGGACCUGAACCAAAUCUGCCCCAAAUCAGCCACUGGGACCCGUAUGGCCGCCUGGGGACUCCACAGCCCUAAAAUCUGCAUUGGAGCCAAAUCAGCCCCAAAUGUGCCCCCAGUCAGCUCCAGAUCUCCUCUAAAUCAGCCCCAAAUCAAUCCAUUUCUCCCUGAAACGCAGCUCCACAACACGCUCAGUGCCACAGCACUGGGGUGUUCCCCCUUUUUGGGGUCUCCCCUUUCCUGGGGGUCAUCCCCUUUUCGGGGUCACUUUUAUGGCACCCCAGGGGUGACACCAACACCCUAAAAUCCUUAUUUUACCCCAAUCUGCCCUAAAUCAGCCCAUUCCCCCCCAAAAUGAGGCAGCUCAGGGCUCCCAACCCACCCCCAGGGCUGAAGCCACAGAGUGUUCCCCCUUUUUUUGUGGGGUCCACCCUCAUUUUGGGGUACUCCCCCCAAAUUUGAGGUCCCGGGAGGGAAGAGGAGGCUCGAGGGGGGAAUUUUUGUUCUCCUGAGAUUUUAAAAAUAAAAAAAUCACAGUAAAUGA